CGGGGGUCCUCCGGAGCAUACGCAAGCCUGUGCAGACAGCUCCCUCCUCCAGCUCCAGCCCAGCCUCUCUCAAGCGCUGCAUCGGAGACCCCCCAGGAUCUGGAUCCGGUGACCCACUGAAGAGAUGGCUCUGCAUUUCAAAAAGGAGGAAGAGGAGGAGGUCUGGGCACCCCUGGAUCCUGACCGGGCGGCUCUGCAUGGAGAAGUCAAGGAGGAAAAGGGCAGGAUCCUGGACUCGCUCGGUGACCAAGGGGCAACUGAGGAAACGGAAGAACUAUGGGGGGUGUCACUGGGAAGAGAACAGUGUGGAAAGAGGAAACAGCCAGCAAGGAAAACAAAAGCAAAUCAGGGGAGGGAAAAACCCUUUGCUUCCCAGGGGAGUGGCUGCCUUGAAAUCGCAACCCCAGAAAAAACCGAUCAAAGGAAGAAGACUAGUCAGUGCCUCGUGUGUCAGAAAAGCUUCAGUUCUAGGUCUAAACUCAGAGCUCAUUGCAAAAUCCACAAAGGGGAGGAACCCUAUAAAUGCUCGGAGUGUGGAAAGAGCUUCAGUUGGUUCACAAACCUCAGCAGGCAUCAAAGAACUCACACGGCGGGGAAAGUGCACCCAUGCCUGGAGUGUGGAAAGAGCUUCAGUUCGAACUUGGACCUUAGGAAGCAUCAGAUAACCCACACGGGGGAGAAACCCUAUAAAUGCCUGGAGUGUGGGAAAAGCUUCAGUCGCAGCACAACCCUCAUCAUGCACCAAAGCCUCCACACUGGGGAGAAGCCGUACCGAUGCCUGGAGUGUGGGAAGAGCUUCAGUCAGAAGAUGUAUGUCACUCGUCAUCAGAGAAUUCACACUGGGGAGAAACCCUAUAAAUGUGCGGAGUGUGGGAAGAACUUCACAGUGAGGACGAGCCUGACUGCUCAUCAGAGAAUUCACACAGGGGAGAAACCGUAUAAGUGUGCAGAGUGCGGGAAGAGCUUCAGUCACAACUCAAGCCUAGCAAUGCAUCAGAGGACUCACAUGGCAGAGAAACCGUACAAAUGCUCGGAAUGUGGAAAGAGUUUCAGCAUCAAAAUUAGUCUUACUUAUCACGAAAGGAUUCACACAGGGGAGAAACCGUAUACGUGCUCAGAGUGUGGGAAGAGCUUUAGUCAGAGCUCAGCUCUCUCCACACAUCAGAGAAUUCACACGGCCGAGAAACCCUACAAAUGCCCCGAGUGUGGAAAGAGCUUCAGUCAGAACGCCGACCUUAUUACCCAUCAGAGAAUCCACACAGGGGAAAAGCCAUAUAAGUGCUCGGAAUGCGGAAAGAGCUUCCGUUUGAGCACGGGCCUCAGUAACCAUCACCGGAUUCACACGGGGGAGAAACCCUACGAAUGCCUGCAGUGUGGGAAAAGCUUCAACAACAGCACAACCCUCAGUAUGCAUCAGAGGACUCACUCCGAAGAGAAACCGUAUAAAUGCUUGGAGUGUGGAAAGAGCUUCUGUUCGAGCACAAUCCUCAUGUACCAUCAAGCGACUCACUCGGAGGAGGAGCCCUAUAAAUGCUCGGAGUGCGGAAAGAGCUUCAACCUGAACAAAGACCUCACUUCUCAUCAGAGAAUCCACCUAGAGGAGAAGCCCUACAGAUGCCUAGAGUGUGGAAAGAGCUUCAAUCAGAAGAUUAAUCUCACGUUUCAUCAAAGAAUCCACACAGGGGAGAAGCCGUAUCAAUGCUCGGAGUGCGGAAAGAGCUUCAGUCGAAGCACACACCUUACAUGUCAUCAGAGAAUUCACUCGGGGGAGAAACCGUAUAAAUGCCUCGAGUGCGGGAAGUGCUUCAGUUCGAGCUCAAACCUCAGUAAGCACCAAGUGACUCAUUCCGGGGAGAAGCCCUACAAAUGCUCCGAGUGCGGAAAAUGCUUUAAAAGGAGAUCAUACCUCAGUAAGCAUCAGAGAACUCAUACAGGAGAGAAACCAUUUACAUGUUCCGAGUGUGGAAAUAGCUUCAGUCAAUGUGGCCAGCUUACUACGCAUCUACGAACUCAUACAGGGGAGAAACCGUAUAAAUGUUCAGAGUGUGGAAAGUGCUUCAGUGGUUGUGGCCAGCUUACUAGGCAUCAAAGAUCUCAUACAGGGGAGAAACCGUAUACAUGUUCAGAGUGUGGAAAGAGCUUCAGUGACAAUGGUGCCCUUACCUUGCAUCAAAGAUCUCAUACAGGGGAAAAACCGUACACAUGUUCAGAGUGUGGAAGGAGCUUCACUCAAAGUAGCACCCUUAAGUCGCAUCAAAGAACUCAUACAGGGGAGAAACCGUAUAAAUGCUUGGAGUGUGGAAAGAGCUUCAGUGAAAGUAGUUCCCUCACCUUGCAUCUACGAACUCAUACAGGAGAGAAACCGUAUAAAUGUUCAGAGUGUGGAAAGUGCUUCAGUGGUUGUGGCCAGCUUACUAGGCAUCAAAGAUCUCAUACAGGGGAGAAACCGUAUACAUGUUCAGAGUGUGGAAAGAGCUUCAGUGACAAUGGUACCCUUACCUCGCAUCAAAGAUCUCAUACAGGGGAGAAACCGUACACAUGUUCAGAGUGUGGAAGGAGCUUCAGUCAGAGUAGCCACCUUAAGUCGCAUCAAAGAACUCAUACAGGGGAGAAACCGCAUACGUGUUUGGAGUGUGGAAUGAGCUUCGCUCGCAGCAAUGGGCUUACUAGACAUCAACAAACUCAUCGAGGCAGCAAACCUUAUAAAUGCUGGGAAUGUGGCAAGAGCUUCAGUCGCAUCGACCACCUUUCCUCACAUGAAAGAAUUCAUACAGGGGAGAAACGAUAUACAUGUUUGGAGUGUGGAAAGAGCUUCAGCUACAGUUGCAGCCUUACCUUGCAUCAAAAAUUGCACACGGGAGAGAAACCUUAUAAAUGUUUGGAGUGUGGCAAGAGCUUCUGUCGCGGUAGCCAACUCACGUUGCAUCAAAGAACUCAUACAGGAGAGAAACCGUAUACAUGUUCAGAGUGUGGAAGGAACUUCAGGUGCAGUAGCUCCCGUACGUUGCAUCAAAGAACUCAUACAGGAGAGAAACCGUAUACAUGUUCGGAGUGUGGAAAAAGCUUCAGGUGCAGUAGCUCCCUUAAGUCGCAUCAAAGAACUCAUACAGGGAGGAAAUCUUAGAAAUGUUUGGUGUAUGGAAAGAACUUCAGUGACAGGGGCUCCCUUCCUAAACAGUAAAGAACUCGUACAAGGGAAACAUCUUAGAAAGGGUUGGCAUGUGGGAAGAUCUUUAAUCAUAUCAAAUAACUCCUACAGAGAGUAAACCAAUGAUCGUGUUCUGGUCCCCCCAGGACAGCCAUUAUUGGAUUGGAAGAACUUUCUGACAGUAAGAGCUGUUUUGACAAUGCAACAGUCUCCCUCGGGAGGUGGCGGGCUCUCCUUCCUUGGAGGAUUUUAAGCAGAGGUUGGAUGGCCUUCUGCUAUGGAUGCUUUAGCCGAGAUUACUUAAUUGCUGGGGGUUGGACUAGAUGACCCCUGGGGUCCCUUAUAACUACAGUUCUAUGAUUCUAUAUACAGCAGAACCAUCAUCUGCUAGACAGCCUAGUUUAGGGAAGCUUUUAAUGUUUAAUAGGUUAUUGUAUUUUAAUAUUCUUUUGUAAGCCGCCCAGAGUGGCUGGGGAAACCCAGCCAGAUGGGCGGGGUAUAAAUAAUAAAUUAUUAAUUAUUUUUCUGUUGGGAGCCGCCCAGAGUGGCUGGGGAAAUCCCGCCAAGUGGGAGGGGUAUAAAUUAGUAUUACUCGGGAGGAAGUUCCCUUCAGCCAGGCUCCUCUUUGUUUUUCUAGCUCUGUCUGCUUCCUCACCUGCCCUCUCCAAAUGUGUGGAAGCAGCAAGGAGAGGGAGCCAAGCUGCUAGCUCCUCUGCCAUUAGGGAAAUUGGGCCCAGCAAGUUUGGGGCAUAAGGAGAGAGGGAGUACUGACAAGGGAGAGUAGUGAGGUCCACUGAUGCCAUCUAGACUUCCCCCCAAAUUAAUUUUUUAUUAUUAUUAUUAUUAUUAUUAUUAUUAUUAUUAUUAUUAUUCAUUUCUAUACCGCUUGAUAUUUUUUUAAAAAAUCUCAAAGCGGUUUACUGCAUAUUUAACAUCAAUAAAACAAUCUAGAAUCAAACAUUUCUGAAGAAUGUCAAAUAUAAAGUAUACAGUCAAAGCAACAUAUUUAACAGGAAACUAAAAUAUAUUAAAAUCUUUCAAAAUAAAACAUUACAAAGGAGGUCGACUACAGAAUACAUAUUUAACACAAAGUUAACAAAAAACAACAACAACUUGAACAUUUCAAAAGAAAACAUUGCUAAGUGAAGCCAACUAUAAAAUGCACAUUGCAAACAGCAUAGUUUACAAGCCGGUUGACUGACUGAACCCAAAGAGUACUCCUUAAUGGUUCCUCAAAUCCUCUAUUACAGCAGUCCAUUGCUGCCUCUUGUGGCAGUGAGUUCCAUAGCUUAAUUCCUCACUGUGCGAAGGGUUUCUUUUAUAUAUCCUGACUCUUCCACCAUUCAGCUUCCUUUGACGCCCCUGAAUUCUAGCGCUAGGAGAAAUAAAAAGCUUUUCUCUA